AUGUCUAUUUCUGGUAUUGGUCAGACCAAUGCGCAACCAUUAGGUUUAAUAGACUGCAAGUUGUAUCCCAGAACGGGAAUGGAGUACUUACAAGUACACGCUGUUGUGUUACCUGAAAUUACCAACAAUAUACCUUCUGCCCCUUUGUCACAGGAAAUAAUUGAACAUUUCGAGCACUUGAAUUUGGCUGACGAAACAUUUCAUAUUUCUCAACCUAUAGAUAUUCUCCUAGGUGCUGAUACUUAUUCUAUCGUUUUUGAACGUGACGGUCGUAUUUCGUCUCCUGAAUAUCCUACUUCCGUAAAUACAUUUUUCGGUUGGACAAUCAUAGGUCCCAUAAAUGAAAUGUGUUCCUCUACGAAGUCAGUACUUUUGACUCAAUCUGAUCUCAGCGAACAGAUGCAAAAAUUUUGGUCGUUGGAAGAAGUUGGAGAAACUAAUAUUAUAGAUCCUGUAGAUGAUUACGUGGAAAAACAUUUCGUAUCUACUCAUUUUCCUGACGAAAGUGGUCGCUAUGUAGUGUCAUUACCAUUCAAGUUGGAUAAUCCAAAUCCAGUGCUUUCUUUUAAUUCAAAAAUAUCAUUGAAAUCUUACUUCUCUCUCGAAAAUCGAUGGAUGAAGCUUCCUUGA